CAGCAGAGGUCCUGUGGGGACAGGAAGGAUCACACCGCGCCACACCAAGCCGAGGCGGGGAUGCAACAAACAUAUUGGAGGCUUGAAGGCAGCAGAGCCGGAGAGGAUUUUUUUUUCUCUCUUCACCCUGAGAGCUCUCGGCUCUCUCCCACGGGCUGCCACGGUUAAUGGUGAUUAGGGUGAGCGGGCUGGUCGCCGUCUGCAUCUCUGUGUGCGUCUCCUCUCCCCUCCUCAGCGCACAGGCGCCCUGCAGUCCAGUCUGCUGACACACCGGGAGGACAGUCCGCACUACACCUCCGUGUCAUUGGACUCUAUGUGGAUACAAAGCCCCGGCCGGCAGCGCAGAUCCAUGGGGAUAGUUUAGUUGGAACUGCAGCCUGCGACUUUCUAUUUUUGUACAUGAGAACAGAGCGGCACUGAAGGACCUCGGAGAGCCAGAGAACGAGUGCUGGCCUUCGCUUGACUGCGUGACCAGCGAAUGAGCCUUGUUCAUGCGUCUCCCUGAGUGCCACUCCCACAUCACCAUGAACUGUGAGCAGGACUUUGGCGACGGGGGCUUGGGAGUGACCCUCACACUACGACUGCUCAUGCAUGGAAAGGAGGUCGGCAGCAUCAUAGGAAAGAAAGGAGAGACUGUGAAACGAAUACGAGAGGAGAGCAGUGCACGGGUCAACAUCUCAGAAGGCUCCUGUCCAGAGAGGAUCAUCACCAUCACCGGCUCUACAGACAGCGUCUUCAGAGCUUUCACCAUGAUCACGUACAAACUGGAGGAGGACUUGACUGCGCUGGUGGCCAACGGCACCAUCAGCUCCAAGCCACCAGUCACCCUGCGGCUGGUCAUCCCUGCCAGCCAGUGUGGCUCGCUCAUCGGGAAAGGAGGGGCCAAGAUAAAGGAGAUCAGGGAGAGCACCGGAGCUCAGAUACAGGUGGCAGGGGAUUUGCUGCCCAACUCUACGGAGCGAGGGGUGACGAUAUCUGGCAAUCAGGACUCUGUAAUCCAGUGUGUCAAGCUCAUCUGCGCAGUAAUCCUGGAGUCUCCACCAAAGGGUGCCACCAUCCCCUAUCGACCGAGUCCCUCCCCAGCUGCUCUCCUCAUCGCAGGGAACCAGGUGUUUGAGGCAUCAGAAUUUGCACCCCACCCUCUGUACUCAGUCACCCAGGGUGGCCUGGACCUCCAGCAGGCCUACACUUUGCAAAACCAAUACGGCAUUCCACACUCAGAGCUGGCUAAGCUGCAUCAGCUGUCAAUGCAGCAAGGCCUGAGUCCCAUCGCCCAGCCUGCUUCGACUAUCAUACCUGGGAUGGACUCAAACUCUCAGACAUCUCAGGAGCUGCUUAUUCCCAAUGAUCUGAUUGGCUCGAUCAUCGGCCGUCAGGGCACUAAGAUCAACGAGAUCAGGCAGGUGUCAGGAGCUCAGAUCAAGAUCGGCAGCCAGCUGGACGGAACAAGCGACCGCCAUGUCACUAUCACAGGAACACCAGUCAGCAUCAACUUGGCCCAGUACCUCAUUACCUCCUGUUUAGAGACAGCCAAAUCCACGGCCCAGGCAGCCACCAUGGCAACGCCAGUUGACCUCAACAUGGCCUUCACCCAGCCGGCCUCCCCGGCUGCCUCCCCCGCACCCACUCUGGCCGCCGUGGGCACCCUGACCCCGGCUCAUGUGCUGGGCGCCCCUUACGGAGCCAUGCCCCUCUCCGGGCUGCUGGGAGUGAAGUCCGUCCCCUUCCUGACUCUGUCCAGCCCUGCCCCCACCGUGGCCGUCACCGCAGCGCCCUCCCACACCAGUCUGGCCGCCUACACCGCCAAAAUCUCCUCAGCCAACUGCAUCAAAAAGCCAGAGAGACAGAAGUUCGCUCCCUACUGAGGCAGCCUCCGAGCUCCGAGCGCGGAGAGUCAGAUGAAGGACAGCUGCAGUGCUCUUUCACAAACGCCUGAUGUAGCCAUAUCCGCCGGCAGAGAUGCUCUUGACUUUAUAUUCUACGAUGCACCAACAGAGACGAGACCAAUGGAGAUGUGGACAAAGCUAUUAAAAGUUACAUAUGAUUCUAGAUAAUUUGUGAGUUUCCCAUGAAUUGAUGGACUGCUUUCAUCGUCACCUCAUCACUGUUAUUGAUCACUAAAAAAAAGGGCUGGAACCUCACCUGAGAGACACAUGUUUAACAGAUUUUACAUGUGUACCUCAAGUUGGAGAUCAGCUACGUAUUUAUCCUUCAAUAAAUUUGUAAAUUAUACUCCAAUGACAAAUGCUCUACUGUAUGAUGCUUUUAUACAAUGUCUAUGUUUGCCUCUUGAAGUUUUUAAGAAAAUUUGUAAAUGUCUGGGGGGUGUUUUUUUUUUUUUUUUUUUUUAAUAAUCUGUGCUAUGGUACUGUACUUUACUUCGUUCAGUGUUAUGUCUGUUUUGUUGGAUUUUAUUUUGAAUGUGCAACUUGGUUAAUCUUUAUUUAUUAGUAUUGUUUCAUUUAUUAAAAGUCUUUGUUUCCUGAUAUGACA